CACAACCUGGUCUUCAUUCUGAGAGUCCUGGAGCCAUGAUCUCACAGUCGCUUGAUUGCACUUUCUUUGUGAUAUCAUGCAUCUUUCUCAAAUGCUGUUUUGCUUUUGACAAGGGCGAUGGACAAACUAAAAAUGAUGCUACAGAAAUAUUUUACAAUCACAAGGUACUACAACAUGAUAAUCCGAGUAAUUUAACAUUAAAUCAGGCAAGGAACGGAGGACGGCAACCUAACCCUUCAGAUUUGAAUCUUAAUGAUCGAUCUCAAGUUGGCUGUCGUGAGCUGAGAUCAACCAAAUACAUUUCUGAUGGUCUGUGUACAAGUAUUAAUCCAGUGAAGGAGUUAGUGUGUGCUGGGGAGUGCUUACCGGUGCCAGUACUUCCCAACUGGAUUGGAGGUUAUGGCAGGAAAUACUGGAGCAGGAGGAACAAACAGGAGUGGCGCUGUGUGACUGACAAGACUCGGACUGAGAGGAUUCAGCUCCAAUGCCAGAAUGGUGGGACACGAACCUACAAAAUCACUGUAGUUACUUCAUGCAAAUGCAAGAGAUACACACGGCAGCAUAAUGAAUCAAGCAAAACCAACAUUGAAGAGGCAUUGCCAGCAAGCAAGAGAAGAUCCAGAGGCAAAAAAAGAUCCCGUAAGAUUCAUCGAGAGGAAACCAAGAAUAAAGUAAAUUGGCAUGAAUUGGAAGAUAAACAGUGAUUAUCUUUUGUCACCAUAUGAACUGUAUUUUGCAAAGUGGACUUCCUUUGUUGGUGUUCUGCAUUUAUUAAAACAAGCUUAUUCCAUAUGAGUUAGGUAUGAUUAAUUAAAGAAGGAUUAGUGCUAUGGUCCAGCAGAUAAAUAUUACCCAUCAGGACUCCUGAGUGAAAACAUGUAUGCUCAGAACCCUGGAUACAUUAAUGUUUUCAAUAGCUUUCCUUGCUGUGCACCUUUCACUUAGAAAUGACUUCAGAAAAAAGACAGUGGCACCACUUUUGGAUGCCUAAUAGAACAAAAGUUUAAUAAAUGGAUGUAGAAUAAUUAAGUUAUUCAACAAUGAUUAAAAUUAAUCCAGAUUACAGUUCCCACUGUUUGUAUAAAUCAAGCUUGGAAUUAUUUUGGUUCCAAUUAUUCUGGUGAAUUGUAUAUUUCAUCAGAUUAAUUGGUAACAGUUUAUGUAUAUAGAUAUUUUUGGGCAAAAUUCUAAUCUGCCUGGGACCACACCUAUGAUACUAAAUAUGUUAAUUUCAAAUCUUUUGUGCAUUUAUAAAUGUACAUCACUGGAUUUAUCUUUAAUGCAGAACAAGAGGUAAUACAAGUGUACAAAGUAAAUACAUCUGGUCAAUGAUGAAAGUUCAACUUAUUAAACCUACACCCUCCCAGUAGAAAGUUGUACCCAUUUCUGUUGUCCAUAUGGUAAUAAGGUUCAUUAACAUGAAAACUAUCAAGCCCUCAACUUUUAAGGCAACAAGACCCAAGUGUUUAUUUAAUGGAUGAGAACUAUAUAAGCUGAUUCUCUUUUUAAAUCUGAUGGAGGAGGCGUAUAUUUCAGCAGUUAAAAGAGCAUUUGUUAUCUAUUUAUUUUUUCAAUGUAGUUAUUUAAUAAGCAGUUACCUUUGGCACUAGAGAAUUAUUCAGCAUAAGUUGUUAUGGUUUUAUCAUGUAUCUAAAAAUAUUUUCAAGCUUUGUAUUGGAGAUCAGAAUAUAAAUGUAGAUAAUGUAGUGUACACUUUGAACAGCUAAUAGCAUUAUGGCUAUUCAAAUUUUCCAGCUUUAUCUUAGGCUUUCUUGUUGCAGGGCUUGAAGAGUAUGCUCUAAAAUUAGCUUUACUUAAUCAAUAAAUGAAAUGCAAAGGUGUUUAUCUUCUAUAGAAAUCCACUACUCUGAUUUAAACAAUUUUUUUGUCUUUUAGUGUCUUCCACUGAUGUAAUGUACUUCCUCACAAGAAUAAAAUUAUGGGAAAUAAA